UCACGGAGAAGGGGCGAAAGCGCGACGGGACUUGAGCUGAAAGACAAACUUCAAGCCCGUCGCAGACCCGCCUGCUCCCUAUCCUCUCCUGGGAUCCAGAACUUCCACUCUCCUUCUAGGCUCGCUGGCUCGUGGCCAAGGAGCUCGCACGCCGCCUCCGCCCUGAACGCAAACAGCUGUUCCCAGAGACGUCGCCGCCCUCAACUUUGCCAACUAGUCCUCACGCACUUUGACCAACGGAGCAACCCGGACCUGUGGGCUGGGGGCCGUUGGCGGAGUUUAAAAAGAAAGGUGAAACGUUGAUUCUGGGACCCCGCGAGUCUCCGGCUUCGACUCAGAACUUUCCUGUGGCGCGGCUCGGCCCCGCCCCUCCCCCGCUCGGGCCGCGCGCUCUGGCAGGGCUCGUUCCCGCGCGUGGGCAGUGGUUCCGGCUAGAGUAGAGGCGGCAGCAGCGCUUACGCUUGUCAGGCCAGGAAGCUUGAGAAAAGAAAAAUUUCAGAAAAAUUGCUUCUGUUUGUUUAAAAUAUCUAUGAACCAAGAAAAACUGAAGUACCUUCCUUAAAGAUAACCUGGGUAUACGGUAAUUUCACAGACUUGACUGAGGGGUUUUACCCAAAUUUUUCACUGGACUCUACUGCCUGAUAACUUGAAUCUGUUUGGAAUUUUUCUCAUGUGGAUCUAAGGGGAAUGCUUUAUUAUGGCUGCUGUUGUCCAACAGAACGACCUUGUAUUUGAAUUUGCUAGUAACGUCAUGGAGGAUGAACAACAGCUUGGUGAUCCAGCUAUUUUUCCUGCCGUAAUUGUGGAACAUGUUCCUGGUGCUGAUAUUCUCAAUAGUUAUGCUGGUCUAGCCUGUGUGGAAGAACCCAAUGAUAUGAUUACUGAGAGCUCACUGGAUGUUGCUGAAGAAGAAAUUAUAGAUGACGAUGAUGAUGACAUCACCCUUACAGUUGAAGCUUCUUGUCAUAAUGGGGAUGAAACAAUUGAAACUAUUGAGGCUGCUGAGGCACUUCUCAAUAUGGAUUCCCCUGGCCCUAUACUGGACGAAAAACGAAUAAAUAAUAAUAUAUUUAGUUCUUCUGAAGAUGACAUUGUUGUUGCCCCAAUUACCCAUGUAUCAGUCACAUUAGAUGGGAUUCCUGAAGUUAUGGAAACUCAACAGGUGCAAGAGACAUAUGCAGACUCACCAGAAGCCUCCUCACCAGAACAGCCUAAAAGAAAGAAAGGGAGGAAAACUAAACCACCACGACCAGAUUCCCCAGCUUCUACACCAAAUAUAUCUGUGAAGAAGAAAAAUAAAGAUGGGAAAGGAAAUACAAUUUAUCUUUGGGAAUUUUUACUGGCCCUACUCCAGGACAAAGCUACUUGUCCUAAAUACAUCAAAUGGACUCAACGAGAAAAAGGCAUUUUUAAACUGGUAGAUUCUAAAGCGGUAUCCAGGUUGUGGGGAAAACACAAAAACAAACCUGAUAUGAAUUAUGAGACCAUGGGAAGAGCACUCAGGUACUAUUACCAAAGGGGUAUUCUUGCAAAAGUGGAAGGUCAGCGCUUGGUAUAUCAGUUUAAAGAAAUGCCAAAAGAUCUUAUAUAUAUAGAUGAUGAGGAUCCAAGUUCCAGCAUAGAGUCUUCAGAUCCAUCACUUUCUUCAACGACCACUUCAAGUAGGAAUCAAGCAAGCCGAUCAAGAGUAUCUUCAAGUCCAGGGAUAAAAGGAGCCACUACAGUUCUAAAAGCAGGGAAUUCUAAAGCUACAAAACCCAAAGAUCCUGUAGAAGUUACACAGCCAUCAGAAGUUUUGAGGACAAUGCAGCCCUCACAGUCUCCAUAUCCUACCCAGCUCUUCCGGACUGUUCACGUAGUACAGCCAGUACAAGCUGUCCCAGAAGGAGAAGCAACCAUAACCAAUAGCAUGCAGGAGGAAACAUUAAAUUCCUCUGUUCAGAAUAUUAGGACUCUACAGGCUCCAACCCAAGUUCCAGUGGUUGUGUCUCCUGGGAAUCAGCAGUUGCACACAGUAACACUCCAAACAGUGCCACUCACAACAGUAAUAGCCAGCACAGAUCCAUCAGCUGGUGCUGGAUCUCAGAAAUUUAUUUUACAAGCUAUUCCGUCAUCACAGUCCAUGACAGUACUGAAAGAAAAUGUCGUGCUACCAUCCCAGAAGGCAGGCUCUCCUCCUUCAAUUGUCUUUAGCCCUGCCCAUGUACAACAGGUUCUUACUAGCAAUGUUCAGUCCAUUUGUAAUGGAACCGUCAGUAUGACUUCAUCCCCAAACUUCAGUGCUACUACACCUGUGGUGACCUUUUCUCCUCGAAGUUCACAACUAGUUGCUCACCCUCCUGGCACUGUAAUUACUUCAGUCAUCAAAGCUCAAGAGACAAAAACUCUUAUACAGGAGGUAGAAAAGAAGGAGACUGAAGAUCAUUUGAAGGAAGACACUGAGAAAACUGCGCAACAGCCACAGCCUUAUGUGAUGGUGGUAUCCAGUACCAAUGGAUUUACCUCUAAGGUAGCUGUGAAACAAAAUGAACUGCUGGAACCUAACUCUCUUUAAAUAAUAUACCAAAGGAUUUAUGGAUGAUUUGUUUUAUAAUGAACUCAUUUUCAGUUGUCUGUAAACUAUCUAAUUCUAAGAUAAAUCUAGAGGUUCCUAAUUUUCCAAUUGUUAAAAAUAAUUGAGUUAAUUUUGAUAUUAUUAGUUAAGGGAGUAAAACGCAGUGUUUCUCUUUAUUCUCCAAAUGUUUCAGAAUUCAAUGUGAAGGAACAGCAUUUUAUACUAUGAAGACAUCCUUUUGAGAUUUUUUUUUCAAUUGUUAUACCAUAAACAUUUUUAAAGUUUCUUUUCUAAUUUUACAUUGUAUUAGCUGUUUUGAUUCUUUUGUAAAUAUAAUACUUAAAUACAAGACAACAGGAAAUUUAUAUAGGAAAUAUUUCCAUUCCACUUGUAUAAGUUAAGUCUUGACUCUGAAAUGCAAGAAACUUAUUCUUUGUUAAAAUUAUGUCUCUUAGAUUGACUAUAGUUGGUUGUACUGUAUAACAAACUAUGAACAUGGAAAGUAACAUUAAAAAUUGAAAUAUGCCCAUGAUAUGACUCAGCCAGUUUCAACAGAAUAGUAUAAAAUAUCAUCCUAAGAAUGGUUCUCCUACUAAUUAGCUGUGUAAUCUUGGGCAAACCACUUGAUUGUUUUGAGGCCUCAGUUUUCAUAAAAGUGAGGGAUGCAUAGGGCUAAAUGAUCUUCAGUUUCCCUUCUAGUUUUAAAUUUUAUGAUUCAAACACCUAUAUUUUAAAAUUAUAAUUAAAACAUCAGGUUAUUCCCUAAAGCAAAUAUAGCUUAAAUGUUAUAGAAAAAUAAGUGAUCCCUACAUAAUUCAUUCUUCUAUUAUCAAUAAAAUAUGCCAUCCAUUC